AUGGGAGGCUACUGCUCAAACCUGGAUGAUAUACUGGAGGAGGACAUGCACCACUGGUACACCAAGUUCAUGAAGGAGUCUCCAUCCGGGCUCAUCACGCUCUUCGAGCUCAAGACGAUGCUUGAAAUGAACGGGAUGACGGAGGAGGCCAGCAGCUACGUGGAUCAGGUCUUCUUCACCUUCGACAUGGACGGGGACGGCUACAUUGACUUUGUCGAAUACAUCGCAGCCAUAAGCUUGUUACUGAAAGGAGAAAUCAACCAGAAACUAAAAUGGUACUUCAAGCUGUUUGACCAAGAUGGAAACGGGAAAAUUGACAAAGAGGAGCUGGAGACUAUAUUCAAGGCAAUUCAAGACAUCACCAGGAGCUACGACGUCCCCCCAGAGGAGAUUGUGACGCUUAUAUACGAGAAAAUUGACGUCAAUGGAGAAGGUGAGCUGACUCUGGAGGAGUUCAUCAGCGGAGCGAGGGAGCAUCCCGACAUCAUGGACAUGCUCGGCAAGAUGAUGGAUCUCACCAACGUCUUGGAAAUCAUAAUCAACGGUCAGCAGAAGAAAGAUGUGAACUGA